GUGUACUAGGCGUUCAGCCCAGCAUCGACAACUCGGCCGUGAACUAUACCGUAGUAGAAGGCCGCACCGCCAUCCUGCCUUGUACAGUGAGCAAUUUGGGACGGCAUAAGGUAAAGUCCCUCCCAGCAUCUCCAGCACCAACAACGACGGAACCAUCACCGUCAAGGAGGGAGAACGCGCGACCUUGACCUGCAACGCCACGGGGAUUCCCCGGCCCACAGUCACGUGGUACCGUCAGCCCAACCUGAGGGGGGAGCCUAGAGAGACUGGACAUCUUCAGCCACAACGAGGACGAGACGAAACUGACCAUGACCCUUAGUGUGAAGAACAUCCAGCCCAAGGACUAUGGCGCAUACAUCUGCACGGCCACCAAUGACAUGGGCACCGCCUCCGAGAAGAUGAUCCUACACGAGCAUAGACAGAGGACAAAGAGGCCUCCUACAACGACGACAACAUCAACGACGACAACAACGACCAUAUAUCGACACCUCAUGAGGAAACCCAACCAGCCUUCCUCAAAUCUGUCUACGAGGCAAAGGGGGCGUGGCGGGAAGGGCAAGAACAAAGACGUCAUCAACGAUGAGCACAACAUCUACAAAACACCUCAGAGUUCACGAUCUCAGGAUAAAGUACAGAUCACAGGAAAAGACAACAACUCUGCAGUACUUACGGAAGCUUCAGAAAUGUUCUUAGUGAUCGCCCUUGCGGUAUCACUUCGCAACGCCGUGGUUGCACCAUGAAAGUAUUGAAAGUAUCACUGUUUCUGUCAGCUGUAAAUCUGUUUUUAGGCAGUGCUAUUCUCUUUCCCUGUCUAUGGAUUUUUGAAAAUGCUUCAAACAGUAAACACAAGAAAAAAACAAGCAAACAACAACAAAACAAGCCAAACUUUCUGAUUCGAACGAUGAAUGAACAAAGCCAGUCUACAGAACUUUCGUAUUUUGUGCAGUGCAGGCUGACUUCUGGUUAUUACACAGGACCCUCAGAUCAACAUUGGAAAUAAUUUUAGAAUUAAGAAAACGAAGGGUUGACCUAUUUCUUUCAGCCAUACGGUUAGAGUAUAACACUGUGUUUUCAUUUAAAUGUGUGCUUCGCUUUUGUGAGGCUUCAAAGGAAUCAAGGUGUAGAUUUGUGUUGACGAAUCAAGGAGAGAUAAAACAUGAUUUACUGUUUGUAUCGCAUGAGAAUAUGAUUUUUUUUUCUACUUCUCAAUCUCCAAUGAUAAAUGCCAUGAUAAAUUCAAGAAUAUCACAGAAGUAUAUCUGAGUGUGCUUGUUGGUGCCUGCUAGAAACCUUUUUGUGACAAACAUCAAGCAUAGUCGUUGAUAAGUUGGUCUUAACUACAGUCAGUUAUUAUGUAAAACGAAUUUUAUUCUUGAUUUACCCUUAUGCGUGUGGCGUCCAAAGUUUAGUUGUCAGGCUGCUGGGCCCAUAAUCGUGAAAAAAAAUAAGGGUAUUGGGGUUUGAGGCUCAGAGCAGUCCGACGUUGUGACUUUACACAAAUGUACACAAAUGUCGAGUAAGAGUGGGAAGUGGUAAAAUGGAAAAGAUUGAUAGAGGCAGAGAGAAAAAGGGUAUGAUAGAGACGUUGAACGAGAGAAUGAAAGAGAGAGAGGGGGAGGGGAGAGAAAGAG